AUGUUAGAAGAGACUCUGGAGGAUAAGGUUGGUGGCCUUUUAUAUAGGCUGCUAGAUACCUCUCACGACUCACCGCGGUGUUUUGUUCGAGAACUUACUAUCUCACGGUAUCGGUUGUUUUCUCGGCUCUCUACUCUAAGUGGCCCAUUGGCGACGGACACAGACAAACUGCCUUUAUCCCAGUUGAUAGAGCGCCUCCCGAACCUGCGUCAAGUAAGACUCGAAUUAGCUUGCGAUUUUAGUAGCAAUUACAUGAAAAGCAUUGACGAGCAUCCUCAAAAGCCGGAACUUCACUUACUCGCAGGGGGCUGGGGAAAGCCCUGUCCUCGCCCCCUCCCACGCGUGACCGAGAUCAGAGUUAUGUGGGGUACCGAAUGUGGAGUGGGCGGGGAACAACUUCCACUAAAUCAGCCCGACAACUUCCUAAAUUACAUCACUUCUUGUCCUAACCUGAAGUCUUGUUCUUGGGUAGCUGGAAACCCGAAGGAAACAGUAGUUGGUGAAACCCCCAACGAUAUCGAGGGAUCCGUCAUUCACAAACCCUUUCCUUUCCUUGAACAUCUAGACCUUUAUCAGUACUAUAUCGGUACCCAGAUGUGGCAUGGCUGGGAAGAUCAUUUCAAUUGGUCAAGUCUCUCGUCUCUUGAGAUCGGCCAGGGGCUGUUUGCCCCUGAGAAUCUCAAUGUCAUGACAGGACGUCUAAGUAAUUUGAAGCGCUUCAAAAUUACAGGAAAUAACGUUCAAAACGAAGAGCUGUGCCAAAGUCUUGAAAAUUUCUUGGUGGCUUUCGACACACUGGUGGAUCUGGAACUAUUGAACUGCUUCGUUCCAAUUCACGUCAUUACUCAGCAUACUCGUUUAGCCAACCUCUGUGUUCAUAUUUUCGACACCUGGAAUUUUCUAGACUCUCGCACUGUAUUUGAAAGCGAGGACUUGAUAUCUUUGGACGCACUAUGUCCCCAACUCGAAAAUCUGCAACUGGAUAUUGAGCGCGACACUGAGAAAGAGGAUUGGCCUCAAGAUGUUCUAGAUACCGUGGCCCGUAGCUUUUCACGGGUCAAAACAAUAGCGCUCCAUUCACGGCAAGAGAGAUCGGUACAAACUUCUUUGCCAUCCGACACCGAGAAUACAACGAAAGCUCCGGAUCCGCGGACAUGUCAGAGGGAUAUGGAAGGCUUCAAAAAUUGA